GGAGCACAUCGUGCGGCUUUUCGGGUUGGCGGACUUCGCCCCGCCCUGCGGACCGCGGUUUCUGUUGUCCAAUUGCGGUGUGAAGUGCGCGACCAGGGUGUUGCCCUGGACGGGUAUGGAAAGCUCAUGGAGGAGCCUUGAGGUGGUGAAGCAGGAUUCUACAGUCAAAUCACGGCGCUCGUCGAGUAGUAGUGUCUCCUCCUCCUCACCAACGUCUACUUCAUGGCAGCUGUCUAUCCGAAACGAGGGCGAAGCAACUUUUUCCCCAGCGUCUAUUACGCCCGUCUCUGGCGCACAGGGAGGUGGUUUGGACCUGGAUGUCUCCCCAUCUGCGCAAUCCACGGCCUCGACGACUGCCUCCUUGCAGAUGGCCGGUAGUGAUGUUGAUGACGUCAACGCCGAGAAUCGUGGUACGCCGCGGGACGACCAAUAUGGGCAUGGCAGCAGAAAUACCGUUAUUAAUACCGACGCCAGUAAAGUAUCGUCGCACGAUGACCACAGUAGAAAUGAUAGCGAAUUUGUUAACUCGACGCAUAAGCGCAGCAGCUCGUCGUCUUCGUCCUUAUCGUCUCCCAAUGUCACUCUGAAAAUAGACAACAUGCUGGACCGGGUUCGCGAUUGUCUGGAAGUGGAUGACCGAACGAACGCAAGCGACCUGACAUCUAGAAGCGCAACCACGACAGUAGAGGAUGACAAACUGACCUUUUUUUCCCCACGCCCUGAUUUCGCUUUUGACACGAUGUUGAGCCCUGUUUCUAAAAAUACAGAUGAAGGCGUCGAGCGGGGUAGGGCCAUCAUGGCAGAGCGGAAAAUGAAAAAUCCGAAUUAUCUUUUGAACCGGCUGAGCACGAUAACUCUCGAUAUUCGCGAGUUUUUGGCGCCAGACAGGUGGACCUUAGCAUCAUCGAUAACGUCGUAUUCGAGCGCUGGAAGUGGUCGGCACAGCAGUACGACGAAUAUCAACACCGCAUCCUCAACAGCUAGUUUGGGUGUUUCCGUUUCUUCCUUCGUGUUGGACCUGAGCUUUUCUCUAGGCUUGUGCAUCCCGCCCGUGGAGGCGGUUGAGAUAAGUGUACGGAGCUGCAUCGUGGAAGAUGAACACCGAGCAGGCCGUCUUUCCGAAAGUGCAGCUGCGCCUGUGCCUGGAACCAGAAAGGGUGAGGAAGUCGGAUCGGCUUUUCUCGAAACGCAACGGCAAGACGCCAGAAGGACUGCUGGAUCACAAGGUAAAUCACUUGAAGAGCGUCAACAUUGCAUCACAGAGCAGUCCUGGGAGUUCCCGGUCGGGGGCGGAAACUUGCUCUCGACGCAACUACCAAGGAGCCAGGCACAUGCAGCCCCAACGCAAGCGGACAGGCAAGUCGACGUCGCCUCAGCUGGCGAUGGCGCAAAAAAUAUUGAGCUCGGGAACGCAGGAGUUACGGUUGAAAGGGGCCAAAAUGGCUGGCUCUGCACGCGACCCGAGAAAUUGUCGCCGGUGGCACAGCAGCAGCAGGUCGUAAAAAGGACAAAUUCGACGUCAUCAACUGACUGCAGAAACACACCUUUGACGCUCGAUCAAGACGUGUGGCAUACCCAGAUUAUCGGAAGCUUUUCAGAGAUUCUUGCGCCAGGCGGGUGUGAUCUCGCGGAACCUGCAGGAACGACAGGACCAAGAGGAGGACAACUUCCGCUCCGAGAAUUGGAAACAACGACCCGCGGUCGUCCGUCAGCUAAUUUGCUCAGAAAAUUGGAAGUGCGGUUGAAGUCCAAAAAUUUUUGCGGAAAGAGUCCUGUGCCGAUGGAGUGCUUCUCGGUAUACCUGCCUGUCGUAUCGGAAAGUUAGUGCGUAGCAUGUAGUUUUUGCAAAGAUUUUCUUACACCGAGAAAGGUUUAGAUUCAACAGAGGUGCAAGUAUUUCCAUUUGUCAGUAGUGUAUAACAAGAAAGAUGAAACUAUAAAACAGCACCGACCUGAUUUCUUCGAGGAAAAAAGAUCUGAUUGUUUCGAAAACUUCGCUGAAGCUCUUGUACGAUGAUGUCAUCAAUGUGAACAUCAAA